UUUCGAUUAUUUUCUCGUAAUAACUAAAUAUAAAAUAGUCGUAUUCUGCCAAGCUGAUUAACGAGUUUAUAUUUAUCUCGAAAUGUCGGUAACGUUUGCUCAGCGAGGCAGACCGCCGCCGAAUCCAGCCCAAAUACAAAAGAUGCUGGAUGAGAACAGUCACCUUAUUCAAACUAUUCAAGAGUACCAAAACAAAGGAAAACCUCAGGAAUGCAUACAGUACCAGCAAGUUUUGCACCGCAACUUGGUAUACUUGGCAUCUAUCGCAGAUGCUAACCAAAAUAUCCAGGCUUUAUUGCCACCACCUCAAGGCAUGCCCAAUGGUCCUCAGCAUCCCAUGAUGGGACCUCAAGGGCCACCCGCAGGUCCUCCUGUAGCUGCAGGACCUGGUACUGAAAUGCCUCCGAACACGCAGCAGCCUUUACCCAUGUCUGGAUUCAAUCAAGCACAGUCGAUGCCUCAAGGAGGAUAUCGUGGUCCUGUUAUGCCUGGGCAAGGGCCCAGCAUGAAUCGACCUGCACCAGUCCCUGGGCCACAACAGUACAGAAGUGGACCUCAAGGAUACCCUCAGCAACCAACUCAACAAGGAUAUCCAGGGCCUUAUUCGAACCAGAAUCCUGCGACAACCUAUCCGGGACCUCAGGCUGCAGCUUACACACCAGGGCAGGCCAACCAAUACGCAUCUCCCAAUCCUACCCAACAACAGGGCUAUCCUGCCGCCAGCCAACCGAAUUAUGGUCCACCCAACACUGGCAACAGCUACGGGCCACAACCUGGAGGAUACCCGCCUCCUGGUGGCAACCAACCUCCAUCUGGAUAUGGUCCGCCACCUCCCAGUCAGCAAGGAUACCCUCCUCCGAAUGCUUCUCAACAAAACUUUCCUUCGGGCGCACAACCCCAGCAGCCAGGACAGUACGGUAGUCCCAGCCCUCAACCGACUUAUCAACAACCUCCAUCCCAGCCUCCCCCAAAUGCAUACAAUUCAACCCAGGCUGGAAAUUAUCCUCCGUCAUCUCAGGGCUACCCCAACAGUGUACCUCCUCAAAGCUACCCACCUCCACCAACGUCUACCCCAGCUCAACCGCCACAGUCUGGACCACAACAAAAUGCAGGCCCACAAUCUAGCUAUGGAAACCAACCCAGUCCUGGCCCUGGUCCUGGUCCAUCACAGUAUGGUCCAGCUUCAACAUCUCCACCUUUCAGUACUCCUCCAGCUAGCGGGGUAAACACUUAUGCUCAAAGCGGUCAGCCUACUAGCACACCGUCUGUUGCAUCCACCCAGACUUACCCGCCGACUGGUGCUCCCCCAGUUUCAUCGCAGGGUGGCGGUUAUACCCCUCCUGGACCGGCUCCAUCUGGUUAUCCUGUACAUCAGCAACCCCACCAGACUUCUCAUCCACCUCCGCAUCCACCUCCACAUCAAGCUCCUCAUCAACCCUCGCAUCCCCCUCCGUCACAUCAAGCACCCCAUCAGCCACCUCAUCAAUCUCCUCAUCAAUCCUCACAUCAAUCUGCUCAUCAACCUUCUCAUCAGUCAUCGCAUCAACCUUCACACCAACCUUCGCACCAGCCACCUCCCCACCAGCCUCAGCAUCAACCGCAACAACAAUCUCAAACUUCACCUCAGCAGCAGCAGCAACAACAGCAGCAGUCACCCAGCCCAGCUCCGAGUGGUUUUCAACCUCCACCUGGUCCACCACAAGGGCCACCGCCUCCAUCUGGACCCCCCCAGCCUCCAGGAGGUUACGGCCCCCCACAGUCUCAUCCAGCAACUACGCAAACGUAUGUACCCCCGUCUCCAGGCGGCCAACCCCAAGUAUAUUCACCCCAUCCACCUCAGGGUGGACAGCAUUAUGGGCAUCCCCAGUACCCACCUCAGAGUUAUCCCCCACCACCGGGAGGACAAGGAUACGGGCAAUAUCCACCUCGCCCUCCAGGUGGACAUAUGCCACCUCCGCCUGGUCCCCAAGGUCCUCCACCUCCCAAUCAGUAUGCUGGCUAUGGGUAUCAGCCUCCGCCACAAUAGUUCAUUCCGGCAGUGUCUUGACAAAAGUCUUCAUAGCAAUCUGGUAUUAUAAUUAUAAUAAUGAUUAUCAUUAUUAUUAUUACUAUUCAUUUUAACGAAUUUUUAUGUUUUUCACGAUCGCGAGGCGUUAUGUAUAAUGGGUACAUUUCCGGAUUAAGUGACCUAUGUUUUUAGAUUAAUUUGUACAUAAUAAGCUCGGUAUUUAAAUGUGAAGCUGUUCUGUACGAUCGUUUUGACUUAUUGCCAGUGACGUGUAGUGUUAACAUCAUGAAUAAUCAUUUUUUUUUAUUACUUGCCAGUGUUAACUGCGUACAAAAUGAACGAUUGGAAAAUACAAAAUUAUUCAAAAGAUUUCAACAUUUUUUAUGUAUUAUCCAUAUUACAUUAGUGUAAAAUACAUAUGAUAAGUAAUGGCAAGCACAUUAGUAUUAAAUAUUAAUUACAGUACAAUCUCGAUUAUCCGAGCCUACAUCCCUCUAAUUCGGGAUUAUUUGAGCUCGUCUUGGGGUUGUAAUAAGAUUUGCUGAAACUCGGAAACGUACCGUUAUUUCUUUAUCGUAUAAUUCGCGUUCUUCGAUUAUUUCACGUAAAUUAGGUUCAAAAUAGCUCGGAUAAUCGAGGUUCUACGACAAUUAAAUAUAAAAACGUUACUGUUAAAACUUUGUAACGAUCAAACUCUUAAUAAUAAAAAGUCAGCAUUAAA